AGACGUGACAGUUCUGUCGUCCUAACGGAGUUCGACGCGCCACCCACUUCCGGUCACCAUCCGCAGUGACAGACCGCAGAGCGCCUCCCAAUAUCCUGCGAAAGGUGUUGUCAAAACAGGACAAAAUUGGCAAUAAAAUUAGACUUUUUAAUUAGAUGACGGAUAUUCUAUUGUGGAGGAUUGGGUCAGUGCCUAUAAGAAUUAUCGAUUGAUCAAGUAUUUCGUACGAGUUUGUAUCAUUCCAAAAAAAGCACGGAAGAGCUGUUGGUGUAAAGUGAAAUCGACCAUCAAAUUCGCUGACAGGAAAGGCCGAGCCUGUGUAAAUUGGUCAAAGGUUAAUAUAUAUUCCCGUCUGCAUGAUAUUUCAGUGAAGUGCGAGAAGAGCCCACUGCAGAUAGGAGAGCUUACGUUCGGAAACACUGCACAGGCUCUUCUGUUUGGGUGUGUGCGGACAGGAGUGUUUUUCCUGACUGUAGCCAGUGAAAACCCACCAGCUGAGACUGUGUGCGUUCGGGUGCCAGCCCCGACAGGACCUUCUCUAUCUGCCAACACCAAAGCCACCGAGUGUCUGUGUGUGUUUGUCUGUGUGCAUUGAAAUCCCCGUUUGUUUUGGCCCGCCGGAGUGCAAAUUGUCUAGCCUGAUCUAGUCUACGGAUCGGAAUCGAGCUACCUGCCAAGGCUGACCGUGUUUCCGGCAUCGUGUGGACGUCUCCGCUUUGGGGCUAGCGAGGGAAAUUGUGAUAUCCGAUUCGGAUUCUCCGUUCGGACGGACGUCUCUGAAAGGCGGUAUUAUCUAGGUGAUUAAUUCUAUUAGUGAAAAGUUUCACAACUGCUGUGUUACUGUGGUGGUGGAAAAUUUCUGUGGAGUUUUUUAAGGGAAGAAAAUCAGUCGACGGUUUAACCGAGCUGACAGCGUUUAAUUCUGCGGAAAAACUUGGAGGCCACACGAUCCUACCAGCAGAGCCCGUUUUUCGUGACUGAUUGAAUGGCAUAGUGCGGCACACGGGUUUCGCAGUAACUGUUUUGCGACCACAAGGAAAAGUUCUAAUAAAUCGACCUGUCAGUUCAGAGGUGAAAUUAUUUUCUUUUCUUGAUGGUUGAAACUUAAGCAGUAGAAAGGCGAUUACAUCAUCUCGAUGUCUCAAACCAACUGCAGCGUAACCUGCCCUGACAGGCCACCUUCGGACGGACCGUGCAAUUGAGCAGAUCGUGUCCAGUAGACCAUAUUUAUUUACCGCUUGGUCCGAGUGUCUGUGGUGCAACACCCACCGACCAGCGACGCCUGCCAGACGCCACGGCAUCGAUUAGCCAUUCCGUAGGAAGGAUGAUAAAAUCCUACAAACUGUACCUGACCUUGCUGAUCAGUUCGGUUUUCGUAAUUCUGUGUCAGAACCAGAUCUCAAUAGCGAAUUUUGUAAGCUCCUCCUCGGCAGCACUAGUUGGCGGCGGCAAUGGAAUUGGAACCAUCGAUCAAGCCCCCGCCGUAGCUGAGGCACUGAUCGACCUGACCGGUGUCGACCGGGGACCGGCAGCCAUAGUCGAUAAAAUUCGAUCCCGGAGUUUGACGUUCAAUGACGUUCGGGCGGCACCGGGAACCAAAUCGACCGAUCGUACAACUACGACACUAGGAAGUAGCAGCAGCAGUAGUAGCAGCACCAGUAUUAGUACUAGCACGGCUAGUACCAGCACGACAACGAGCACAAGUACGAGUACUACCACUACUACGUCCACCACCACUACCGUAGCGCCUGCGACGAGUUUAGACUCGGCAACCCAUGAACAAUCAACUAGUAGUAAUCAAAUACCCUUCAAGUUUCCGGUGGACACACGGCUGCUGCCACCGCUGUACAUCAUCACGCCCACAUAUCGCCGUCCGGAACAGUUGGCGGAAAUCACACGGCUCGGUUACACCCUGAAACACGUGCAGAACCUGUUCUGGUUGAUUGUGGAGGAUGCCGACAACCGGACCGAAGCCGUGACAAGACUGCUGAAGCAAAUCAAUGUGCCAUUUAUUCAUCUCACAGCUCCGAUGCCAGCCAAAUAUCGCAAGAUGAAGGUUAAGCCACGCGGAGUAUCGAACCGCAAUCGUGGACUCCAGUGGAUUCGAGCCAACGCUACCGAGGGCGUAUUCUACUUCGCGGACGACGACAACACGUACAAUUUGCAAAUUUUCGAACAGAUGCGUCACAUCCGUAAGGUGGGCAUGUGGCCGGUCGGUUUGAUUUCGAAGUAUGGCGUCAGCAGUCCGAUCGUGGUCAACGGAACCAUCACCGGAUUCUACGAUGGCUGGAUCGGUGGUCGAAAGUAUCCGAUCGAUAUGGCUGGAUUCGCAACGAGCGUUAAAUUCCUGCUGUCCCGCCCGAAGGCGGAGAUGCCGUUCAAGGCCGGCUACGAGGAGGAUGGCUUUCUGAGAAGCCUAGAUCCGUUGGAUCUGAAGGAGAUUGAUUUGCUAGCGGACAACUGUACUGAGAUUCUCACAUGGCACACGCAGUCUAAGAAGAAUCCAACGGCGAUGGCGCUAAAUUUGACGAAAUACGGCUCCAGCAACUUGGUGAAACUUACUAAAUAUUUGGUCUGAAUGAAUGGAGUGCUUGCAAGUGUUUUGCCAUAACGAAAAAAAUCCUAAUCAACAACAGAACCCGAGGGAGGAAGCAAGUUAUUUUAGGUGCUAUAUUUGAAUUGAAUACGAAAGCUGGUGAACAAAUUGAUCGAUAAGUUUCAGCCAAUAUUUUUCCAUUAUAAAAUAGUCAUGGAUUUGUUAGUUAAUAAAGUGUAACCAAAAAAUUUUUAGGGGUACUUAAGGUAAAAGACGAAUGUCGAAAAGAACGAGCGAGCUAGGUGUUGAGGUUGGUUUCAGACGAAUCGGAAUCCCCCCAAGAUUACAGACAUUCAGUCCAAGCAGACAAAUUAUAUUGUAUCAUACAAAACUUAGAUAGGAAAUAUACCAAAAACUAGUUACUGCAGAUAAGUUUUAAUUCAGAUAUUCUUCUUCUUCCAUUGCAGUUUAGCUAAGCGCGUGAAUUGAACUUACUGAUCGUAUCCUGAUUGAGAAGUUUCCUUCUUGUUGUAUAUAUUUUAUGUGUUCCUUACUUAUGAGUCGUUUGCUAGAUAUUUCCAUUGAGGCAUUCAGAUCGAGUCAGAACUCAACUACGAUUAGAUCUUAUCACACAAAGUAACCAAAUUCUUAGAUAGUUUUAGCUACUGAAAUUUUUUAAACAUCAACGUCAUGUAAAUAAAUAUAUUGUAAACAAAAUAUACUAUCAGGAACACUUUCUUCAUAUCUACAAAACAUUCUUUGUUUUCGAUUAAGUGUAGCUAUUCCAAAGAACGAAACCAAGACAUAUUGCCGAGAAUCUCUGAAAGUAAGCUCGCAAAUAUCAUUGAACGAAGAACGAGUGCGCACCCAGUGCAAAGGUACGAAAAAGUCUAACUGCUAAUCGAAAAACAAAAAUCCAUUUAAACGACGGCAAAAAAAAACAAUGCUCACUUUAGUAUUCCUUAAUACCAUUAUAUAGCUAGUAAUAUCGAUCAGUUUAAGUUGUACGAGCUGAUUAAAAUCAUGUGAAUGGAAUGAGUGAUGCAAGAAAAAAAUUGAACACAAAAAAUAGAACGCAAUCGAGAUAAACCCUAAACGAGCUUUUCCAAAGGAGAAACUAUACCAUUAAUUACGAACUUUUACACAAUGAUCGUUAUCGUCUUUUUGAUUACAGGUUCACUGUUCGCUACUGAUACUAGUGCGUUAGGAUAUUAGUUCUGAAUUAUAUUCUCGAAAACCAGUAACCAGUAAUGUAUAGAAUACAGAUCAGAUAAUCUUUUUUGCUACAAUUCACCGAGUACUAAUGAAUCUCCGUUGGAUAUUAUUUUCUACCGAAUUUGUUCUUUGCUGAUACAACUUCUUUGAUAGUACUUCCUAAGAUGGACAU